CGUGUCGCCAUCCGGCCUUGGCUCUGCCGGCUUGUUUCUGAGUUGCCCUCGCUCGUCUUCCCCGACAGGGUCCUGCCCUCGGCCCGGUCUGUCCUUUGCCCUCGUCCCUGCAACUGCUCAACCAUGGCCUCGGAGCUCAAGCAGCGAAUCCCCAAGCCGGCCUCAUCUUCGGACGACGAGCCCGAUCGUCCUGCGUCGGAUCGUCCCGACACCCCGCAGUCGCCAGUCGACGGCGAUGACCCUUCCCGCUCCGAAAACUCACCCCAGCCCCUCGAGCGGCACCCUGAGAGCGAAACCGAUACGGACCAACGCAAUCCCGCAAGCAAGUCCCGCAAGAAGCCCGCCUACUUUUCGCACACCUUCUUGAUUCACACCGUCAUUCGGUCCUCGCCGCUGUCGUCCGAGUCUCCAGAGCAAAACUAUCGCGGCUUUUACAACUUGACGGUGUUGUGCCUGUUUGUCCUCAACGUUCGCCUCGUCAUCGAAAACUACCAGAAAUACGGCUUCCUGCUCCAGUUCCCCACCAUCGGCGCCCACUCGAAUGACCUCUUCUUCUGUCUGCUGGCCUUUCCGUUUAUGGCCGGCUCUGUUUUUGUCGCCCUCGCCCUCGAGAAGAAUGCUUCCAAGAAGCUGGAUCCACGCAAUCCCACCCCCACGGCGGUCUGGCUGUCCCACUGGGCAAAUAUCACUCUGGCCCUUGCAACACCGACCCUCAUAUCGUGGUUCCUCAUCUGGCAUCCGGCCAUCGCCGCGGUUCCUGUCUUUGCGGCAACGAUUCUGUUUCUCAAGUUGAUCUCAUACAUGCUCGUGUGCGCCGAGUUGCGCCGAGAAAUGGCCCAAAAGAUCCAUCCGACCCGCUACGAGGAUCGCAACGCUCGCCAGUUCGAGGUUUCCGAGCCCGUUGACUUUGACAUCGAUCAAGUGCCCUACCCCUCCAACAUCACGCUCGGCAACCUGCUCUAUUUUGUCGCCGCCCCGACGCUGGUGUACCAGCCGAGCUAUCCCAGAUCGGCAAAGUUCUCAAAGUCGGAGCUGGUAAAGCGAGUCAUGGAGCUUACGAUGGCGCUCUUCGGAAUGUACUUUCUCACGCAUCAGUACAUGGCCCCAACCCUGCGGAACUCUCUGACGGCUCUAGAUGAGCUGAGCGCCCUCAAGCUCACCGAGCGCAUCCUCAAGCUCUCCAUCAUCAACGUGCUCGUUUGGUUGCUGAUGUUUUACGCGUUUUUCCAUUCGUUCCUCAAUCUGAAUGCUGAGAUCCUCGGAUUCGGCGACCGUCGUUUCUAUCAGUCGUGGUGGAACGCAACCGACAUUGCCGAGUACUGGAGACUUUGGAACUCGCCUGUGUACAAUUGGGGAAAGCGACAUGUCUACCUCCCUCUGGUCAUCAACUACAAAGUACCCCCGGUCGUGGCCUCGGUCGUCAUCUUUCUGAUCUCGGCGGUCCUGCACGAGCUCAUCAUUGGCGUGCCCGUGCACUCGAUCAGCGGCUUGGCUUUCUGGGGCAUGCUCGGCCAGAUCCCGCUCAUCUUCCUGACCAAGUGGCUGAUGGCCAUCCGCAGCCUCCGCUUCAAUCGCCGCAAGAAGCUGUUUGACACGAUCGGCAAUCUGGUCUUCUGGAUCUCCUUCACGAUCGUUGGCCAACCCACGGCCAUCCUUCUUUACUACUCGACUUGGUACCGCCAAAACGUCAUCAACACCUAAUUGGCGCGGCCGUACUCGAGUGUCUUCCCCUGGCCACAAAUGUUCUGGCUCAGCCACUAACUCGAACAAUGUCCCCACCACGGCACCGUUUUGCGUGUCCCUCCUCUUGUUUGCGGCGAGAUCUUCCCGCUUGUACUGCUAUUUUUUCUUUCUUUCUUUCUUUUCUUUACCAUUCUCGACAG